AUGCCUCCUCGAAGCUCGUUGACGAGCUCAUUCUCCGUCACGGACGCCAACAAUGAAGUGGUCUGUCCUUUGAAGAAUAAUGACGGUUCCAAUUGUCGCAAGCGAUGUCUAGGAGAAAAGCGCUAUCGGUCUAUGCAGGAGCAUAUCCGACGCGCGCAUCCGAACCACUACAUCCCGAAGCUCCCGGCCACCGAAGAGAGCUUCUUACUGAUGGUUAACACCCCGCCCGAACAACGUGCCCAGCUGUCUCCGCCAGAGCUCCCGCAGCCACGGCGCCCUCGCGAUGUGGCGGAUCGAGACAUCUACGUAGCUGACGCCAGCUCCCCAGCGACCCCGCGAGCUCUUGACGAACCUGGCCCCGCUGCAGCAACAGCAGCCGUCGCUCUGGCGCAAUUACACCACCAUCGUCUCGCUUCAGACUGGGAUACUGAUAUGCUUCCCCAGGACACCCACUCCGACACCGAUCUGCACCAGGGCCGUAUGCGCUCAUCUAUUGAAUUGCCUUCACUACGCGACCAUUUCAAACAAGAACCCCUGCCACCAUUCUCCUCGCCUCGCCCGCGGGAACUCCUUCCGUCUAUUCUCAAUCAUUCGCCUCCCGGUCGUUCAUCAACUCUUCCCCCGAUUCAACGAAGAGAUCACAAGCCUCCCCGGCCGCGCAAAUCUUCAAUUACGCAAUCAGCCCGCAAACCAAAGCACGACCGCCCAAAAUCUAAGGAGUUUAGCCGGCGCCCGAGUCUCGGCGACCGUAAAGCUCUUUCCGCUGAACCCCAGACUGCAGCAUGGGCGCAAGGCAAGCGCUGGGAGGAUCUGAUCGAAGCAGCGACCUCGGCAACCGAAGCGGACGAUGAACCGUACUCUGAAGCCGGCCGGUCUCCAACGAUCGCCCCGCUCCUCGCUAACGUCACAUCUGCACCUGGAACGAAAAAUCGAUCUUCCCUUCCACCAGCAUUCCAAUCAGUUCAGAGUCUCCCACCUCUAAACCGCCAGUUCCCACCCCCACUCAUAUACCGCCUCACCACUGCACAAAUCCCUCACCCCGCCACCCUUUGA